CAUCCAACCUCCAACAACUCAUCUCUUUUUCUUCUUUUUCUUUGAUCCCAAAAUCCCAAUCCGAAUCAAUUCCGCCUUUAUUCCGCGAAUCUCGAUCUCCUCCGCCUCAAUUUAUCCAUCGCUAUGCAGCCAUGGAAGACGUGAUGAGUUGCAGCAACAGUAAUGACUUCAGGCCGUACGAGUCAGCACCGAGUCAGUCUGAUCGGAAGAGGAGAGGCAAGGCUGAGGUGUACAAGGAUGUGGUCAGAAGACUCCAGGAGUCCCAUUUCGAGGAGGCGAGUCAACCCGGCUUCGCGGACGAGUUGUGGACUCACUUCUCGAGGCUUCCUCUCAGGUAUGCCUUAUGGAGUAUACUUCUGCUUCCUCAAACUGAUUCGGAUUUUCGCUCCACAUCCAAGCCUUAUCCCUUGUAUGCGUUGGAUGUGAAUACUGAGAGGGCACAAGAUGUAAUCAUGCACAAGAAACUGUUGCGCCUAGCACGCGAUCAAAGCACCAGACCAGCAAUUGAAAUUCGCCGUGUGCGGAUGCAUCCAGUCUCUGAUGCAAAAUGUGGGGACACAGAUUAUUCCACCUUAACACGAGGAUGCGCACAAGCAUUCAUCCAACACUUGCGUUUGGGUUGACCCUAAACUUAGAACUCACACUUGAAGCCAAUAAACCAUGUUUUGAAGAUGCAAAUAGUUCUGUGAGUGGAGCUUCAAACUUAUUUCG